AGGCGUUGGAAGUGGUGCGUUGCUUCCAUUCCUAGUCGUUGGAACCACAUUUAUAAUCCGUAAAACCAAGACACGAAGGAAGAAAAAGAUGAGACAAAGGUUCUUCAAGCAAAACCGUGGGCAGCUGCUACAACAAUUGGUAUGUCAAAGCGGAAACAUAUCCGAGAAAAUGAUUGUCGUCACUUUGGAAGAACUAGAGAAAGCAACCAACAACUUUGACAGAACCCGUGAACUUGGUGGCGGAGCGCAUGGCACCGUGUACAAAGGAAUUUUGUCAAGUCUACAUGUCGUGGCAAUUAAGAAGUCAAAGAUAGUGAUACAGAGAGAAAUUGACGAGUUCAUAAACGAGGUUGCUAUCCUUUCUCAGAUAAACCAUAGAAAUAUCGUGAAACUUCAUGGAUGUUGCCUUGAGACAGAAGUUCCUCUCCUUGUUUAUGAGUUCAUUUCCAAUGGCACCCUCUACGAUCAUCUUCAUGUCGAUGGUCCAACAUCACUGCCAUGGAAAGAUAGAUUGAGGAUUGCAGUUGAAGCUUCCAGGGCUCUUGCAUAUCUCCACUCGCUCGUUUCGAUGCCAAUAAUCCACAGGGAUAUCAAGUCUCCGAAUAUACUGCUAGAUUCUAAUUUAACCGUGAAGUUAUCAGACUUUGGAGCUUCAAGGUACAUUCCGAUCGAUCAAACCGGGGUGGAUACAACUGUGCAGGGGACAUUUGGAUACUUGGAUCCUAUGUACUAUAGUACAGGACACCUUACCGACAAGAGCGACGUCUACAGUUUCGGCGUGAUUCUCAUGGAGUUGCUAAGCAGGAAGAAGCCAAUUUCUUACAGAUCACCUGAGGGCGAUGAUCUUGUAAACCAUUUUUCCACUUUAGUGUCAGAAGGCAAGUUGGCUCACAUAUUGGAUCCACAGGUUCAGAAGGAGGGGGGCGGGGAAGUUGUCGAUGUCUCUCUGUUAGCGGCAAUGUGUGUCAAGUUUGUAAGCAAGGACCGGCCGACGAUGAGGCAGGUGGAAAUGACGCUGGAAAGCAUUUACGCAGCAAAGGAGUACGAUUCCAGUGACAUGACAGACGAAUCAGAGGAGAAUUUUAUAUCGGAGGGAAUGAUACGUCAGUUAAUAUUGGAGGGAGAAUCGAGGAUGCUAUAA